AUGAAAAUCCAUCUGUGCAUUGGUGUAUUUCUGAUUCUGUUCGUAGGUCUUAAUUCUUCAUUAUCAUCAGAAACUGAAGAGAUAUUGGAUUCAGUGAAUAAUUUCCGGAAAACAUUUGCUGAUUUGACGGGUGUCAAGGGGAUGAGUAAAUUGAAAUACGACCGGAAUCUUCAACUAAAAGCAUCCAGAUAUUCCACUUGCGACAAACCAGAUGAUCUCAAGAAUCAAUCCACCUACUUCCCAUCUGACCAAAGUGUGAUCGACGAGUUCUUCGAGGUGUUCAAUCAAACGAAAUCAGAUGAAAUCAAAAAGAAAUUUGGUUUUGAUAAUGUGCUUAACCCAGGUUUUACUCAUAUUGGAUGUUAUCACUAUAAGAAACAAUGCUCUGAAACUGUCAUGUAUUCUACGGAGUAUUUUACAAAGAUGAGAGUUGUGGAUACCAAGGGAGUAUGUUUGUUGAGCAUUGGACCUUACUGCCCUCAUGGAUCAGUAGAAAACGGGAUGUGCAAGAUGAAGGAGUUGGCAACAAAAUCUCAAUCGUCGAGUUCGAAAAAGCAUACUUUCUCAUUUUCUGUAAUAGUUUUAGUGUUCUCGUGUUUGGUUUGA